AUGAUUGGAUUCCGUUCUACUCUCCUUAAGCACAAACCCUUUGGUAGAUUCAGUUAUGGACUGAGACUUCGUUUCAGCACUAGAGCGUUGAAAUCACCAUUUAAUGGGGAACGGAAAAUAAAGUCCGGUGUAUGGGUGCCUAGCAUCAUUUUAUUAGGUACGAUUACAGCCUUCAUUUCCCAGGGUAAUAACAUUGCAUUGGAUUCGAAACAGACACAGGGUGUCACAGUUGAAGAAUUGAGGAAGCAUAAUUCGACUUCUGAGGGUAUUUGGGUCGCACUUAAUGGCCAGGUUUACGAUUUGACUGAUUUCUUGGUACAACACCCAGGAGGUGCUGAUAUUAUCAUACACUAUGCGGGUUGUGAUGCCAGUCUUAUUUUCAAUAAGUUCCACGCUAAGGACGUGUUUAGUAAAUACCUAUCGCCAGAAAAUUAUCUUGGUCCAUUGAUAGGAGAAAUGGAGAUGGCAGCCGAUAUUACCGAAGAUAACGACGAAGAUAGGCUUGAAAGAAUAGAAAACAAACCUCCUUUGGCUGCUAUGUUCAAUUUAUCCGAUUUUGAAUAUGUAGCUAAGGCAAUACUUCCAAAAAAUGCUUGGUCGUAUUACUCGGGAGGUUCUGAUGAUGAGGUAACUAUGAGGGAAAAUAAUAAUGCAUUCCUCAGGAUUUUUUUUAAUCCAAAAGUCUUAAUUGAUACUGCUGAUGUUGAUAUGUCGACUGAAAUGUUAGGCACGAAGACAGACGCUCCUUUUUAUUGUUCUGCUGCUGCUGCUGCGAAACUUGGACAUCCUGAUGGUGAAUUAUCGAUCGCUGAUGGAUGCGGAUCGGAGAAUAUCAUCCAGAUGAUUUCAAGUGCUGCAUCGUACUCUUUCGAUGAGAUUAGUGACUUUUCAAAAAAGGGGACCUCCCAGUGGUUUCAAUUAUAUGUGCAUAAGGACAGAACGCUGAGUUAUGAAAUGAUUGAAGCUUGUGAGAAAAAAGGAAUUAAGGGUCUAUUUGUGACCGUUGAUACUCCUUUAUUUGGACGCAGAGAAAAGGACUUAAGAUUUAAAGUAGGUCAGACAGAUGAUGACGAGAGUGACGAAACUUCUGCUGGCGGUGACGAUUUUAUUCUUUCGUAUAGAGAUGCUGGGUUAUGUUGGGAUGAUAUUGACAAAUUUAAGAAAGCAACUAACUUGCCUAUCGUUAUUAAGGGUGUCCAAAGAGUGGAGGAUGUGUUACUUGCGAUAGAACACAAAGUAGACGGAGUGGUAUUGUCCAACCAUGGUGGUAGACAGCUUGAUUUUGCAAGAGCCCCAAUUGAGGUUUUGGCUGACGUUAUGCCAGUUUUAAGAGAUAAGAAGUUAGAAAACGAAAUUGAAAUUUAUGUCGACGGGGGAAUUAGAAGAGGAAGUGAUGUAAUCAAGGCUUUAUGUUUAGGUGCAAAAGGUGUUGGACUCGGAAGAUCGUUUUUGUACGCAAAUAGUGCUUAUGGAAAGAAGGGAGUAGUCAAAGCCUGUGAAUUGUUGAAGGACGAAAUAGCUAGAGACAUGAAAUUGCUUGGGGUUUCUAAACUUGAAGAUUUAAAGCCCGAAUUAUUGGAUUUGAGAAGCUUAUAUUCUAGACCAAUAUACCAGUCUGUCGUGGGUUCAAAUUAUGAACCAUUGUACCUUCCAAAGUUUAAAAAUGAAGAUGAUUAA